ACCGAAGGGGAGACAAUGAGCAACGGUAAAAAUAACUCCACUUGGGAUCAAACAAAGCAAGUCUCCCAUCCAGAUCGACCUGCGCCUGCGCGACUUUUUGUCGUUCCACUUCCGCCUUGUUUUGUGCGCAGGCGCAGUGCCUUCCGGGAUGGGCCCGGGUCUUCUGUGCUGGGAGGGGGCAGAGGGGGUGUGGCUAAGCGGUUAUUAUGUUGCGCCGCAUCCUGGCUCUCCUGGCUUUCCCGCGUUUUCUCCCCAAAGGCGGCAAGGGAGCUCUCCCGAGCGACGGCAUGUAUUAUGCAGUGCGAAAGGGCAGGAGGACCGGCGUGUACCGCACCUGGCACAUUGGUGGAGGAUGCCAGUCAUGCAGACACAACACCUCCUGACGACCCAUCAUCUGUUGCUGAAGUUGACAGUAGUUAUUCUUAUGGAAGCCAGAGAAGUAAUUAUUCCUGGAGUGACACCACAGCAUCUUCAUCUAGCAAAAGUUACUGGAAUGACACUACAUCUUGGUCCAAUACAAGUUCAUCCAAAGGAUCUUAUGAACAGCCCUCAGAAAAUCAGAGAAAACGUACAAAAUAUACUGAUGUGCCAUAUGAGAACAAAGACAAAUUCUCCUACAUGGGAGAGUAUACCGUUGUCUAUACAGAUGGCUGCUGCUCAAGUAAUGGGAAAAGUAAAGCACGUGCUGGAACAGGUGUAUAUUGGGGACCGAGCCAUCCUCUAAAUAGUAGCGAGAGACUUCCUGGAAGGCAAACUAACCAAAGGGCUGAAAUUCAUGCUGCUUGCAAAGCAAUAGAACAAGCAAAGAGUCAAAAUAUCAAGAAACUGGCAAUCUAUACUGACAGCAAGUUCACCAUCAACGGUAUGACGAGCUGGGUUCCAAACUGGAAAUCCAAUGGGUGGAAAACCUGUGCGGGAAAAGACGUAACAAAUAAAGAAGAUUUUGAAAAGCUUUCCAAGCUUUCCGAAGGCAUGGACAUCCAAUGGAUGCAUGUUCCAGGUCACGCUGGCUUUACUGGAAAUGAAGCUGCUGAUCGCCUUGCAAAAGAAGGAGCUGGAAAGUCUUAAAGCUGGCAUUUUGUAGCUGGAAAGUUGCACUGAAUUCUGAGGAGGAAAGGAUUCUUUCAGAUGAACCUGAGUUGGUGGAUUUCCAAUGUUCUAGAAAACCAGGAGAGGGAUGUGGUUAUUUGCUCUUGUUCUAAAGAGGUUAUUUUCAAAAGACUUUAAAGUUUGGUUUUAAAAAUAUGACAGUUGGUAGUUCUGUGCAAUGUAUUGCUACAGGAUAACUUCCAUGCCACCAUUAUUACUUCCUAAGUUCAGAGAGUUGUAUAAACUUUAAGGACUGUUAAAAUACAUGGUAAGGAAAAAUACAGUUUGCUUAGACAGCAUUAUAUUUCCUAUUGUGCAUUCUGAAAUAAAGAAUUCUAUUUUUGUGUUUUAA